UCCUCGUGCGCGAAAGUCGUGAAAACUAUCCGCUCUGCCGGUGUAUUUCGUUUGCUGAACCGAAUUCAACGAUACUUUCGUGUACCAGCAGAUUAUUUGCGUAUAUCCGCAACAGGACAGCUAAUUUCAUCUACUGCCAAAACAGAAAAAUGUCUGUCACGAAACGUCUACUGCCCCUUUUGGACCGAGUGCUGAUCCUGCGCGCCGAAGCCCUCACCAAGACGAAAGGAGGAAUCGUUAUCCCUGAGAAAGCCCAAUCAAAGGUGCUCGAAGGAACGAUCGUAGCUGUCGGACCCGGUGCUCGAAAUACUCAGACCGGCGAGCAUGUACCACUGGCAGUGAAAGUCGGCGAAAAGGUGCUGUUGCCAGAGUACGGAGGCACUAAGGUGGAGCUGGGCGACAGCAAAGAGUAUCACCUUUUCCGGGAAGCUGAUAUUCUGGCAAAGAUCGAAUAAGAAU